GGUUGUCGGUUAUAUGCGGGGGCGCUCUCAAAUAUUAGCGGACACACACAUAUCUGGUAUUGACACAGCCGCACUACUCGCACACGGAGGAGACGGGGAAUCUCCAUCCCCGAUGGACCCAUAGUGAGGGGUUUGGCGCCAUCCAAGGUUCGCCCGGCCCAAGAAUCCAAGCAUGGCCCUGCAGGGAGAAUGGAGGGGUGACUGACCGGGUCGACAUUUCGGCAGACGUGUGAGGGCGAGGAAAGGGGCGGGCCCGCAAGGGCCAACUAUUUCAAUGUCGUCUGGCGCAUCCCACCGAGCCGAGGUUCAGCAACUCCCCGCGUAAGCGACCUCGGGGGACAAAUAGUGGGAAAACACAGGACUGCCAACCACUGUCAGCCAGCCUGCCGAACGUGCACAACAGACAGCAACAACAGAAAGAGUAUCAACGCCGAGAGGCACGCACAAACAGACCCGCGAGUAAGCAAGACCCAGGGGCUCCGCCCACCCAACCGGCCAACAUGACGAUAGCCGAGUACGUCCUGUCGCCUUGGGCGGCGCUCGCCGGCGUCGUGGCCUACUUCGUGUAUCCGGUCCUGUUCACGUACGGAGCGUUCCGGGACAUACCCGGCCCCCUGCUCGCGAAAUUCUCCGACGUGUGGCUGUUCCUGGCGGCGCGGCGCGGGCGGCGGUACGCCAUCGUGCACGAGGCGCACAAGAAGUACGGCAAGGUCAUGCGGGUGCAGCCGAACCACAUCAGCAUCAACGACGACGAGGCGAUCCAGGCUAUCUAUGGCCACGGGAAUGGCUUCUUGAAGGCCAACUUUUACGAUGCCUUCGUCUCCAUCCGGCGCGGCCUCUUCAACACGCGGUCGCGGGCCGAGCACACGCGCAAGCGCAAGAUCGUCUCGCACACCUUUAGCGCCAAGUCGGUGGGCCAGUUCGAGUCCUACAUUCACGGCAACCUCGAGCUCUUUGUGCAGCGCUGGGACGAGAUGGCGGCCAAGGCGGCGGCAGGGGACUCGCCGGACGGCAGCUGCCACGUCGACAGCCUGCACUGGUUCAACUACAUCGCCUUUGACGUCAUCGGCGACCUGGCCUUCGGCGCGCCGCUGGGCAUGCUCCGCUCGGGCGCCGACGUGGCCGAGCUGCGCGAGUCGCCCGACAGCGAGCCCGUGUAUGCGCCCGCCGUCGAGAUCCUCAACCGGCGCGGCGAGGUCUCGGCCACGCUGGGCUGCAUGCCGCAGAUCCUGCCCGUGGCCAAGUACAUCCCGGACCCCUUCUUCCAAAAGGGCCUCGAGGCCGUCAAGUCGCUGGCCGGCAUCGCCAUCGCGCAGGUGCGGCGGCGGCUCGACAACCCCCCUCCGGCGGAGCGCAAGGACCUGCUGGCGCGGCUAAUGGAGGGCCGAGACGACAAGGGCGAGCCGCUGGGCCGCGAGGAGCUCACGGCCGAGGCGCUGACGCAGCUCAUCGCCGGCUCCGACACGACUUCCAACACGAGCUGCGCGCUGCUGUACCACGUCGUGAGGACGCCGCACGUGCUGCCCAAGCUGCGGGCCGAGAUGGACGCCGCCAUCCCCGCCGGCGUGGCCGUGCCGACGUUCGAGCAGGUGCGCGACCUGCCGUACCUGCAGGCCGUCGUCAACGAGACCAUGCGCCACCACUCGACCUCGGGCAUCGGCCUGCCGCGCAUGGUGCCGCUCGACUCGCCCGGCGUCGAGAUCUGCGGCCGCUUCUUCCCGCCGGGCACCGUGCUCAGCGUGCCCACCUACAGCGUCCACCACUCGGCCGAGAUCUGGGGCCCCGACGCCGACGACUUCAGGCCCGAGAGGUGGGCCGAGGGGGCCAUCACGGAGCGGCAGAAGAACGCCUUCAUCCCGUUCAGCUACGGCCCGCGCGCGUGCAUCGGCCGCAACAUUGCCGAGAUGGAGCUCAAGCUCAUCGUGGCCGCGUGGGCGCGCCGGUACGACAUCGAGCUUAAGCAGGGGCCGAUGGAGACCCGUGAAGGGUUUCUGAGAAAGCCCCUCGCGCUAAAGGUUGCGUUCAAGAGGCGGGCGUAGACUGGGCUGGGGGACUUUUCGAACUUGGGCCGGCGACAUUGGAAAGGACGGCGGUAUGAGGAUGGUAGUUGUUUGUGACAAAGAGGAGCCUAGAUAUAGAAUGAAAAAGUACUUGAAUCUCUAGGCGAGAGCAAAUAUCUGUCUGGUCGUUUUGUCGUGUGAUGC